GGUGGGGGAUGUAUGUGAGCGUCUAAGGCAGCGGGGCCGCCGCUGCGCCUUCCCGCUUGCCCCCCCCCUCCUCACCUGUCUCCGUGGAGGCGCCCCGCGGGGAGGCGGAGCGGGCGUGUCGCUCAGCGCCGGCGGGAGAUGCGAAGGGGCUGAGCGGGAAGGCGGCAGCGCUCCUUCGCUUCUGCCUCACCGCCCGCCUCAGCUGCCCUCUCCUCCCAGUCCCUCACCUCCCAGCUCCCCUUCACCGGCCUCCUCAGCUCCCCGCGCCCGGCUCUGCCUCCAGGCCUCCCUCCCGAGGAUACCCCGCGCCAUGUCCUUCCGCCAGAGGAGCCCGCACGGCAGCACCAAGAGCAGCCCGCAGCACCCCCCGCGCUGGGCCCAGGCGCGGAAGCGCGGCGCCGAUGGGAAGCGGCGGAGGCAGAACGAGCCCGAAUCCUCCGAGUUUGAGAAAAACAAGCCCAGGCCUGAGGACAGCCGGCUGGACAGUUUUACAACACCAGAAGGUCCUGGACCCCUUCCCAGGUGUUUAGACUGGGGAACUGCAGUGGAAGAAGAUGAAAUGAGGACCAAUGUUCACAAAGAAAUUGCAAGACACAGAAGAAAGCUCCUGAUAAAUGAAUUUUCAAGAGAAAGGAAGUCCUCCUCAGGAAGUUCUGAUUCAAAGGAGUCCACGGUGGCAGUAGAACUUGAGACAGAUGAGGUGGUUUUGAUGAGAAGACAAAAACAGAUAAAUUAUGGAAAAAACACGAUUGCAUAUGAUAGAUACAUUAAAGAAGUUCCUAGAUGCCAUCGUAUACCAGGAGUUCAUCCCAGAACUCCAAACAAAUUUAAGAAGUACAGCCGUAGGUCAUGGGACCAGCAGAUCAAACUGUGGAAGGUUGCACUGCAUUCCUGGGAUCCUCCAACUGAAGGAGGAUGUGAUCUGCAGGAAAUUUGUCCUGUUGAUCUUGGUGAGAUGGAGACAGAAUCUGUUGGAAGCAAUUCUACUGAAUCUCAAACGAGCUGUCAAGAUAACGAUGAUACCUGUUCUGGCACUCCCACCAAAGUUAGACAUGUUGACUAUCAAGCAGAAGGAGAAUUUGACUUGGAAGUGUGUUUGAGUGAGCCACUGAAAGAAUUUGAUACUGUGAGUUAAAUAGUCUUGUGCAAACUGUUUUAGAGAAAGUUUCUUUUAAAUUUGAGAGUUUAGCUUGAUCCAUAACCUGUUAAUAGUAAGAAAGCUUAAGCAAAGUUGAAGGCUGUUCUCAAAGCUGUGAUUGGUCUGGGUAUUCUCCAGACCAAACUUAUGUAAAAUUGCAAUUAAGUUGUGUGACUUCUUGUUAACUUUUAAUUUAUGUAUAUCAGAUUUUUUUAUAAAACUUUACAGUAGUAAAACUAGCCAAUGGCAGUGCUAUCCUCUAGUAAUUGUAAAUAGCACAGCAAGAUCUUACCAAUUUCCCCCACUCCCUCCCCCACUGUGAACAUGAUUUCAGUUGUCCACUUGCAGAUCAAGAGCCAAGUAGGGGGAUUUUUUUAAUGUUUCCUUGGUUUUACAUAUGGCUCUUGUAACACACCUGACAUGAAGUAAUGCCCAUCUACUGCAGUUACUGUAAGUUUAACUACCUUACCUUAAAAAAACACUUUUUUUGCAAAAAAAUUUUAGAAACAAUGGGAAGUUUAAUACCCUCAAGAAACUGGAGGUCAACAUGGUAAAGUCUAUGCAAUAAUGUUGGGGUUUUUUUAGAAGUAGUAGCCUUAACUUGAAAUUUGUAAAUAGUCAUCAGUCAUUUAUUAAUGCAGUCAAGAAAACAAUGUCUAGGGAAAGUGUUUGAUUCUUUCAGUUUUCUGGUUUUAAAUGUAAAACUGUUGUAAAUGUUACCAACUGUACAGAUUUUCUGCCGAGAGCAGUUCGUGUUUCUAUUGCUUUUGCGUGGGAUGUUGCUGGAAAAUAAACAGAACUGCGUUUACUUUUA